AUGGACGCGCGGCUUCCUGUGUUCGAGCGCGUGGGGAAGCGGCGGAGGUCCGACCAGGUCGUCACGCGGCUGAUCCUAGUAGUCGCAGCGCUAGGCGUAGGCACCCUCUGCACGCUCCUGCUCGUCACGAGCAGUUUCCGCGAGAACAAGGGCCUGGAGAAGAUGGGACUGUCCGUUCUCAGCGUGCCGUCCGCGGCGUUCUGCCACCGGAGCGCGCCGCCGCUGGUGUGUGCGGACGGCGGGGACGUCGACGUGGCGCCGCCGAACACGCGGGAGGCCAUCGCUGCGGCCCUUGACGCGGGUGUGACGUGCAUCCAGCUGGACCUCGCGCGGUCGAAGGACGGCGAGCUGAUGCUCAUCCACGACGAGGACAUCCUGCGCCUGCUCGGCGCGGACAGCAAGAUGGCGGUGGCCGAUCUGCCGGCGAAGGAGAUCAGCGCGCUGCGGUACGACACGGGGGAGUCGCCCGCUGACGCUCGCAGCACGCUCGAGUGGCUGGUGGCCGACGCCCGCGCGGAGCACGUCAUCGUCGACGUGCGCGCGCGCGUGCAGCCGAUCGCGCACGCCAAGCUCGCGGACAUCGAGCGCCACAGGGUCGCGGAGGAGCUCGCUGAGUCAGCUCUGGGACUGAUCGAGGCCACCCGGUGCACCAAGUGCAUGGCGUGGGCGUCGGACGAGGCGGUCGUGCGCAGGAUCCGGGAGCGCAAUAACAGCAUAAAGACGGGCUACGUGAUGCCGAGUUCGGGGGGGGUGGGGGGACUGACGGAGGGGGAGCGGAGCGCGGGGCUGUCCGGGCCGCACUUGAAGACGGGGCGCGCGGUGCACGCGUGGGUGGCGGACUCGCCGCGGGCGAUGGCGCGCGUGCUGGACGCCGGCGUGGACGCGAUCGUGACGGCGCACCCGAAGGAGCUGCUGCAGGCCGUGCGGCUGCUGCGGCGGAAAUGCGAGGCGAUGGAGAGCUGGCACGAGACGAGCUUCAUGCACAUGUGA